GAACAGAGCUCCAUCAAACUUGCAGUACAUUUGACACCAUGUUCAUUACUCGAUAUGUCACUACGUACCCAGCUAUAUCUCUAUCACUAUCUAGAAGUGAACCUUACCCCAGGAUCCACUGGGGUUGAACCCUUCCCGGCACCAUACAUGCUCAGGAAACCCAUUCCAACCAAGUUCCUACCCUCCCACUAUACCAAUUUCCAUCCCUAGCCCAUUAUCUUAUAGUUGAAUAUACAAAGACAU